AUGGUGGACACAAUUCAAACAAAGGAAGGUGCUGUAGCAAUUAGUGCUGAGAAUGUACGUAGUUCGAUGCGUUCAGUUCGUCGUGGAAAAACAAAAAUGAUAUUAACGCCUGCGUCACUUGCAUCUCACCUAAAAGCUAAUGGCCGUAAACUUGGAGAGGGAAUUGCAGAUUUGUACGAACAAUUUGAAAAAGAUUCACCCACAUUUUUUGCAUUUUUUAGUGCUGAAAAUAGAGCAAAAAACAAAUUUCCAAAUGAGAUAUUUCUUCUGGAUCGAACUCGAGUAGUAUUGAAUGAAAAGCCUGAUUACUAUCAUGCAUCAUAUGUUGAUGGAUGCAGACAGGCCAAACAAUAUGUAUUGGCUCAGGCACCAUUUAAUGAAACAACAGCCUGUGAUUUCUUUCGAUUGGUGAUGCAGUGCAAACCAGAAUUGAUCAUUGUACUUAUGGAUUUGAAUUUAAAUGAUAAUGAACAAUAUAUUAUGGGAUCAAAACCACGAAAGUAUGGUACAAUAAGUGUUCGAAAUGAGAAAAAUGAAAGUCGUUCCCUAUCAAAAGAAACAGUUGAAAAAUAUAGCCAUUAUAAAUUGAUUGUAAUGAAAGAAAUGGAAAAAAUUGAACAGAAAUAUCAAUUAUUAACAUUUAACACAUGGACCGAUGAUAUGAUUAUACCAAAAGAUGAUUUCAUUAAAUUUCAUAAAUUGGUCCAUAAGCAAUUAGAGGAUAAACCCCGUGAAUGCUCACAACUUGUCGUAUGUCCAACAGGUGCUCAUCGUGCUGGUGUAUGGGCGGUAUUUGAUACGGAAUCUGAGCGCCUGAAAACCAAAAAUCGAAUUCGGUUCUCUGAUACAAUUAAAAGUGUACGAAAUCAACGAUGCAAUACAAUUGAACAUUUUGAACUAUUUGAUGGUCUCUUGAAUCUUCUUGUUUCUUAUGCUAAAACUCAAAUAUAA